AUGGCGGCUUCGGCCGCCGCUUCAGUCCUCCGAUUCUCUCCUUCCAUCCUUCCCAGUCUUCCCCAUGACCCUCUACCAGCGGUUCGCGUGCCAACAAAGGCCUACUGGGUGGAAAAGGCGGCCCUCGAAGGCCGCCAAGUCUGUCAUAUCAAGCCAGAUCCUCAUGGCGGUGACGACGCCCCUGCCAUUCUCGAGGCGUUCAACCACAAAUGCCGAUACAAGAGCAUCAUUAUCCUGCCAGGUCCUCUGUAUCACAUCAACACGCCGAUGAACACUACCAGCCUGGAGGACGUUUUUAUCGAGCAGUAUGGACGUCUCCUAUGGUCCAACGACGUCGACUACUGGCUCUCCGCAUCGAUGCCCAUCAACUUUCAGAAUCAGAGCACAGUCUGGAAUUUCGGUGGUGACCGUGUUGUCUGGCAGGGUCAUGGCUCCGGCACCAUGGACGGCAACGGCCAGGUCUGGUAUGACUGGGCGCGAGGCCGCGGCAACCUCGCGCACCGUCCGAUGAACAUCAACAUCAAGGGACUUCGCGACUCGGUGCUCAAGGGCCUGCGCUUCGUGCAGUCCCAGAUGUGGACAAUGACAAUCCAGCACUCCUCGCACGUGCUGCUCGAAGAUAUCUAUGUCAACAGCACGUCGCGUUCUGAGUACAACACACUCAACACAGACGGCGCUGACACGAUGUACUCGGAUCACAUCACGUUUCGGCGUUGGCGUGUUGCCAAUGGCGAUGACGCCAUUGCCCUCAAGGCCAACUCGACCAAUAUCUCUGUGUACGACUCCGAGUUCUGGCACAGCACGGGCAUCGCCGUGGGCUCCGUGGGCCAGUUCGUCGGUCAGCACGAGCACAUUGAGAACUUUCAUGUCCGCAACGUCACCAUGCACAACGUCAGCCGGGCGUGUCACUUUAAGACGUGGACAGGGCGGCAGCUCGGGUACCCGCCCAACGGCGGCGGAGGCGGGACGGGCCACGCGCGAAACAUCGUGUUCGAGGACAUCACGCUCGACGGGACGCGUGCGACACCGCUGCACAUAUGGCAGUGCGAGUCGUACAACGGACACGCCGGCCAGGAGUGCGACACUUCCCGGUUCAAGAUCUCAGAUGUCCUCUGGCGGCGGUUCAAGGGAACGACAGGCGCGGGAGUUGAUAGAGCAGGGUGGUUCAGGUGCAGCGCCGGAGCGGGCGGCUGUAGCAACGUGACGAUUGAAGAUUGGGAUGUUCGGACUGCGGGCAGAAACAGCCUUCUGAACAAGUGGUACUGCGAGAACGUCAGCGACAAUGUUGGGUUUCGUUGCGAGGGUGGGGGAGAGAAAGGUCCCAGUGCGAGGGUGCCUUUUGAAGACAAGGAAUGGACCCAGGCGGAACUUUAG